AUGCGGGGCGCGUCCCAAAAAGAGGCUGAGUGUUGCAGUGUGUGUGAUAACGUAAUAACAGGCUACAUGUAACACCACAGAUCUCUACCACCCUGUUUUUCCUUUGUUUGAUGUCAGACACCAAACUGUCUCACAGCGCAGCAACAAUCCCUACUUAGUUAUACAUCAAAAGGGUCUGUUUGCAACUGGGCCUUUAAUUUUUCAGCUGCUGCUAUGUUAACACCCUGCUCUCCCAGAAUGGCCAGCUCAGCUGAACUACUGUGUGUGAUUCACAAGAGGGAUCCUCUUGUGGAAAAAACAGCCAUUAUAAAAUAACAGGCACAUCUGGUCACAAGACGCCCACUUUCACAGCUCCCAACUUUGGAAAGUGUUUUGGAUUUCAUAAGAGAGGAAUGAACACUGUUGAGUAUAUUUCUGUAUUCUCCAUGCAGUUUUCACUAAUUUUACCAAAAUAAUGUAUCUCUCUCUCUCUCUCUUUCUGUGUUUGUCAUCCACAGGGUGAUGAAGUUCUGACUGUUAUCAAAACCAAGGCGCAGUGGCCAGCAUGGCAACCCUUGAAUGUGUGAGUACACAGUGAUGUACAAGAGUACCCUCACUCAAUUCUGUUUUAAAAUGUUCAUUGUCUGUCUAAAACAUGUGAAACUACUUGUAGAGAUUAUCAUUUGAUAACCAUUAAUUGAGAAUUCAGAUGAAAACAGAAUUUCUCAUAAUUUUUUAGCUUCCUCAGAAAACAGGCUAAGGAGGAGAUAAUCACCCAGCAUUAAUUCAAUAGCUACCUGCCUGGCCUGCGGGUGUUUUCUUUAAAUUCAUUAACGAUUGUGUACAUUUUUCAUGAGGUAUUUUGUUUGCAAAAGGAAGACUCCUGUUUUGAUGAGAGAUGUGUUUCUGUGAUUAGGGUUAAUGACCUCCCUACAGUUCCAAUACAUCAGCCUACCAAUUAAGCCAGGCUAUUUUUUCUCUUCAGAAGAGGCUGUUUGGAGGAGACAUCUACAUUUUUUAUGUAAAGGGAGAUUGGAACAACAUAGAUGUCUCUAAAGGAAGGAGAUUGUUUAAAACGAUUGAUGUGCAUGUGGAAUGUGGAAGUUCUCUAAAUAAGGCACAGCAAAGUGUAGGUUGUUGUUUCCAUACUUGUUUAAUCAUCUCACAGGAACUGCUUGAAUUAGAUGAGUUGUAUCUAAUUGAGCAGUAUCACACUCCCACAUUGUGAUAUAUUAUAGAAAUGUACAGAAUUUUGUUGUUUAUCACUUACUUGUAUAAUUUAUCCUUGUCAUUUUUAAUUAUCUCUUCACACUUCAGUAACUAUUCAGAUGUUACUGGAUGUUAUUCUCCUCUUAGUAUUUGUGUUGUGGCAACUAACAAAUAGAUAGUCCCAAAUGGCACCCUAUUCCCUAUAAAGUGCACUACUUUUGACCAGAGCCUAUAGGGCUAUAUAGGGAAUAGGGGGCCAUUUGGGACAGAUUCAGUAGAUUUUAUUAGCCUCCACGCACAUUCACCAGCCUUAACAUCUCCAACGUAACAUCUAUUUCAUUAACACUUCUUUAAUGUGUUCUAGUGAUACAACAUUAUUCUCUCUGAGUUCUAAAUAGAACCAGUAAAUGUUGAUCUGGUAUGACAGAAAUGUGUUAUACUUCUUUGUUUGGACUUGAGUGUGAGUGGUAAUUCUGAAUAUUUAUCCAACUAAAGUUUUUAAAUAUACAGUACUUAGCUCAUUUAAACACUUAAAGCAGAUAAUUGGUGUGGUAUGUGAUGCAUUAAAAUGAAAACCACAGUUGUAUAUUGUAUUAGCCUUCACCAGUCUUUAACAUUGCCAAUAUUGCCAACCUUCUCUAUCAAUACUAAUGCAUACAUGUUCAUCCUAUACUGUACUUAUGGCGCUGGCCACUAAUGGAGCUGGCAGUCUCAUGGAGCUACUGUACACUAUAUCAUUGUGUGUUGAUCAAUCAGAUCAAUCUGCACAUUGGGGAGCAUGCUGUGCAUGUCUGUAUAUCUAUUUGUCUAUCCAGGCGGGCAGCUCCCUCGGCUGAGUUCUCAGUGGACCGUACACGUCACCUCAUGUCCUUUCUGAGCAUGCUGGGGCCCAGCCCUGACUGGAACGUGGGGCUGUCUGCAGAGGACCUCUGCACCAAGGAGUGUGGCUGGGUCCAGAGCCUAGACCAAGACCUCAUCCCCUGGGACGCAGGCACCGACAACGGGGUCACCUAUGAGGUGAGGCCCUGGGGCCCCAGACAUGGGGGUCAAUAUGUAGUAAAUGGCUCUGGUUUCAGUUAUCUAGUAAAAUACUUCUGCCAUUCUAACUUUCGUAGCCAGGCCUCUGUAUUUUGCCAUGAAUCUGGAAUGAAAGCUGUUGAUCUACUUUCAUUAAUAGUGCAGGAGCAUUGCUUUUUAAUAUUUUUGUUUAUGGCUUAUGAAUAUACAAAUUACCCAACCUCGGUGGAAAAACACAUAAACAAAUUCAGCAAAAAACCCCACUGCAAACAUAAAACAGCACAUCCACUGUGUUGUCGUUUUAUUGAGGCGGACAUAUUUACCCAAGUGGCUGCCUCACUGACGAGUCUUGUGUCGCUACACUGUAAAUAUGUACCCAACAAAUCCUGCGCUGGGACUUAUAGUUCAUUUUCUGCUGGUUUCAAAAGAUACUGGGAAAAGAAAAGGAAAGACACUGCCCUCUAUAGGCCAGAAAAGACACUGAAGAUACAGUAUAUCCAGAUUUCAAUGCAGACCCACACACACAGCGUAAUCAUACACAAGUCCACACUCUGUAAAUAGCCUUUAUACUUUCUAUGCAAAGAAAGCAGAUGAAUCAUGCAUUCAUAUACCCCAUAUGUGAUUUAGUUAUUUCACUUUUGGCUCCAUAUAUUGGCGGCAGUACCAAUGAAUAUAUCAGCCAAAAGUUAACUAAAACUAGAUUCCCUAGAGUUAAAGUAGAAAGGGACUCAAUGGCUUUUGUAGUUUUCUCUUUCCUGAAGUUAUUGUUUUGGAACAGCAGCAUGAAAGGUGAUUCACAAUGCACCUAGCAGGAAACAAUGUCAUAAAUCACUCAUAAAAGGAAUAUUACACAGCCGAUCAAUUAUGCAUAUUGAGAUCAAACACAGAAGCCCCUAACAGAUGGCAGCUGAACAUGACGAGGUGCUCGCUCUCAGCCCUGUGCCCACACUUUCACUAGCUCCCCUCCCUGUGCCCAUACUACAUAUUACAUUACAUUUUAGUCAUUUAGCAGACACUCUUAUCCAGAAUGACUUACAGUUAGUGCAUCUUAACCCUAAAAGUACAGUAUUUUGACCCCUAAAAGCACCAACAGGGGUCAUUUUUGGAUCUGAUCGCAAAAAUACACUUUCUGCCAAACCUUUUGUAACACAAGUCAAUUGUUUAAAUUCCCCAAUAUAUUUUUUAAUGUUCACAUAUUUAUAGACAAAUUUUAUGUUUCAAAAUACAGUUUUGUAUGUUUUUGUAUGUUUUGUAAAAUAUAUUUUGAUCAAUUUCAUCCAUAGCCACUUGUUAUGAACAUUUGUCUGUUAUUCAACAUGUUGUGUUUCUGUAAUACUCAGAGGCUGAGAAUUUGGCGAUUGAGCUAAUCUAACAUACCCGUAUGACCUAAAAUGGCCACAGAUAAGGCCGAUUUAGGCCAUCAGACUUUUAGCUCUAGUUCAAAUUGCAUCUGACAGAUGAGACUCUCGACUUGGUGUAGAGACAUUGACUGGAACCUAAAUAUGUAUUUACAUUUUUGAGUAAUUUUUUUUGUUAUCAUGGCUGCCACGCCAGAGGCCAAAUCUGGGUUCCAUAUAUUAUUUUUUUCAGGGUACAUACUGUACAUCUCUACCUCUGUGCUAAAUCUGGUGCUUUUAUCGCAAAGUUUACUAUUGAUUCCACAUUUUCAUCUUAGGCGUGCACAGCUAGUAUACAAAAGAGAGAUACUUUUUAUUCAACCCAAUUGAGAUGGUUUGGGAUGAGUCGGACGGCAGAGUGAAGGAAAAGCAGCCAACAAGUGCUCAGCAUAUGUGGGAACUCCUGCAAGACUGUUGGAAAAGCAUUCCAGGUGAAGCUGGUUGAGAGAAUGCCAAGAGUGUACAAAGCUGUCAUGGGCGGCAGGUAGCUUAGUGGUUAAGAGCGGUGUGCCAAUAACCGAAAGGUCGCUGGUUCUAAUUCCCGAGCCGACUAGGUGAAAAAUCUGUCGAUGUGCCCUUAAGCAAGGCACUUAACCCUAAUUGCUCCUGUAAGUCGCUCUGGAUAAGAGCGUCUGCUAAAUGACAAAAAAAUAAAAAAUAAAGGCAAAGGGUGGCUAUUUGAAGAAUCUUAAAUAUAAAAUAUAUUUUGGUUUGUUUAACACUUUUUUGGUUACUACAUGAAGUCUUCACUAUUAUUCUAAAAUGUAGAAAAUAGUAAAAAUAAAGAAAAACCCUUGAAUGAGUAGGUGUGUCCAAACUAUUGACUGGUAUUGUAUAUAAAACACAGGAAAAUCAUAUUUUUGACUGCACUGGGCCUUUAAUACCAACUCUGCACCUAUACUAACUCCUGUUAGAAUUACUAUUAGUACUGUUACACUAAUUCUCUUCCGUGGACCUAUAUUACCCUGUGUUACACUUAUGCCUAGCCCAAUGUCCAUAUUGUGUCACUCAUAGUCCACCCUGUACCAUACCAUUCCAGUCUCCCAACAAGCCCACGAUACCCCAGGAGAGGAUCCGGCCCCUGACCAGCCUGGACCACCCCCAGAGUCCCUUCUACGACACUGAGGGAGGCCCUAUCACAGCCUUGGCCCGGGUGGUGGUGGAAAGGAUAGCCAGAAAGGUACCUACAGCACCUGGCUCAUUCAUUCCGCUAUCUCUGUCUGUGUCUGCUCCCUCUCUCUGAAGAGAUGUGAAUGUUCAUGCAACAUAACUCUCCUCACAGUCACUAUGCAUGUAAUGUUGCUUUGGAUACAUAGCUCUUUGAAUGGGCAGUACACUGAGUGUACAAAACAUUAGGAACAUGUUCUUUCCAUGACAUAGACUGACCAGGUGAAUACAGAUGAAAGCUAUGAUCCCUUGUUGAUGUCACUUGUUAAAUCCACUUCAAUCAGUGUAGAUGAAGGGGAGGAGACAGGUUAAAGAAGGAUUUUCAAGCCUCGAGACAAUUGAGACAUGAAUUGUGUGUGUGCCAUUCAGAGGGUGAAGACAAAAUAUUUAAGUGCCUUUGAACGGGGUAUGGUAGUAUGGUUCACCACCCAAAGGACAUCCAGCCAACUUGACACAACUGUGUGAAGCAUUGGUGUCAAUAUGGGCCAGCAUCCCUGUGGAACGCAUUCGACACCUUGUAGAGUCAAUGCCCCGAUGAUCUGAGGCUGUUCUGAUGGCAAAAGGGGGUGCAACUCAAUAUUAGGAAAGUGUUCCUAAUGUUUUGUACACUCAGCAUAUAUUGCCAUAGUGAUCAUAGCAAGUCUUUGGAAAACACAGAGAAAAUUUACAAUGUGUUUGUCUCCUGACAAUUGAAGCAAAGAAUUAUAAAAAAUCUAUAUUUUUUAAAGCAACAACCAGAUGUCAUAUUGACCUGACCUACAGAAGAUUACCCAGAAAAUAAAUUACACAUAUUUGGGUGUUUACCCUUGUCUCCGAUGAGAAUGUUAUUUUAAAUGGUAAAUUGAGAAUCUUAUCAGUGUUUGUGAUGUGGAAUCAUGUUUCUUGCCCACAGGGAGAGCAGUGCAAUAUUGUCCCGGACACCGUGGACGAUAUCGUGGCAGAUAUUGGCCAGGAGGAGAAGGAGGAAGGUGUGGAAGCACUUUAUCUCAACCAAUUUGGGAUGUUCAAAUUUUUAAAAGCCACACACUCUAGCUGCUGGACUUGCUUUGCCUGGAUCCCUGUUUAAACCUCCAGAUGUCUGUCUGUUGAACACCAUCAACACGGUCAAGCAGGAGAAAUGAACCUGUGGGGUUUAUGUUUCUAACCACACCCUGCAAUUACCUUCCAAUACUACCUUUGAACCGGGUUCUCUCUACCCUCUUUCUGUUGAGGGCAACACUGUCUGUUUCCUAAACAGGACGGUCUCUAGUACAUUACAAUACACGUACUGUGGGUACUGUACAGUAACUAUACACUGUGGUUAGAGCAAGACCUGAACUGUAUGAACUUGCAUUUACUUUUAUAGGCAAUUAGGCAUUAGUCCAUACCUAUACAGCACCAGCACAUUCUAAACCAGUGAUGACUUGUCAAUGCAUUGUGUCAUAGAGUAUUUCUUCCUCCAGACGACACUCCAGAGACAUGUAUCUACUCCAACUGGUCACCAUGGUCAGCCUGCAGCUCUGCCACCUGUGACAAGGGCCGGAGGAUGAGACAGAGAAUGCUGAAGGCCCAGCUGGACCUCAGUGUGCCCUGCCCUCACACCCAGGACUUCAAGCCCUGCAUGGGGCCUGGCUGCAGCGAGGAGGGUGAGGACUAAGGACAGUGUCACAGGCCUAUUUCUCAUUCAUAGCACUAAUGCAUGCACUUGAAUAGCACAGUUCAAUCACUGGUAUGAGUCAGCUGACAGUCGCCUCAGCUUAGACAUGAAUAUAGUUGUUUGCCUGCCUGGUAAAUGGCUGGCUUUUUAGACUAUAUUGGGUGGAACGUCUAUGAUUUUGUGUGAGAAUUGAAAUCUAACAGUUUUGUCUAAUUCGGAACAUGUUGUUCCAUCUCCAAUAGCUUCCAAAAAUGGAGAAAAUACAUAGUGAAUUAUAUUUUAUUGUUUUAAACAAAGCAAGUCAUAAAGAAGAGGUUGUUGGCUAAAGGUUUGUGUGUUCAUCUGCUGCUCUGCAGGCUGAGCUGGUGAUCCCUGUGUAAUCGUGUACAUGUCAUAUUGACAAAAGACAGUCAACAUAUCCAUUAUGUGCAAACAGACGAUUCCUGAACUAAGAUGGGAGCAGGCCUGUGUAUGAGAACAGGGAUUAGGGUUGAAAUGGUAUCACGCUCCUCCUCCAAUUUUCUAGCCAAGCACAAGAAGAUACUGUAUUGCCAUUGUUUUCCCUUUCCCGGUUUACAUGUUACCUGAGAUGCACAAUUAACACAGUUUUGUCAUUGGCAUUCAAAUACAACAUGCAAAGCUGGGACUUUGGAGUCUCAUCAAGUCCCACAACCAGGUAGAGAUCAAAAUACAUGAUAUUCCACAAACGCUUCUUCUUCUUCCAGUUCUAUUCAGUCAGAUUGGCAUUAACUUUGUCUCUCAGGAACUAACUGCUCCUUUCUCCAAUUCUCAUCAAAGUUGUACAUUUAGAUCACUAUGCUAAAAGGUACAUGAUCAGUCAUGCAGAGGUGUUUGUCGCUUUCUCUUUCGCCUUCACUCCUACUAUCUUUCCCUCUCUCAUUCCUCCCUUUAUCUCAUCUCGGGCCCCAAAUCUCAGCUGUGUCGGGGCUUGAUGAGUGGGUUUGAAUUGUUCAAGGCUAUUGUUUCUCCCCACCACACACUAUCGAGUAAUAGGACUGGCAUCGCAUGCUUUUCUUCCUGCAGGUCACUCCUUUGCUUUCAUGUAUCGCUCCGUUAAUGUCCAUAGUUGAUUGAUAUUCCUGAAGCUGGACGGGGCCCCUGGGGGCCUCAUCAGGGCCACAUUUAUUUACAGCUCUUAUUAAUGAUUCACUUAGUUCUGUUUUACUAAGCUACGCUCACAGCUGCUUCCAAUCUGCAGGCAGGCAGUAGGAUGGACCAGACAAGAGAGAAAUGAAUGGAAAGUUCCCCAAAGUUUAUCCAUCCUCUAUGAAAACAAAUCUACUUACAUGCUCGGUUCCCAGAUAAUUGGAGAGAGCGGAGUAAGAUUAGGCAGGACUGAAUAAAUUAUUUGAGGGUGUGUUACUUGUUACCAGAAGAAGGUGAAGGGAGGUGGAAUUCAGAGGUGUCAACCAGUAGUGAUGGAAUAAAUGGACAGAGCUGUUGCAUGUAUGGAAUGUUAAUGACCCUGCUCGUUUUCUCUAGCCUGGUUAAACCAGACUGAACCCUGCACUAACCAUUACACAAUGGUGAUCACAGCCUCCAGUGUGGUUUAACCAGGCUUUGCCUUUGCCUCGUCAUUCCCAGAAGCGUCUACCUGUAUGAUGUCAGAGUGGAUCAGCUGGUCUCCGUGCAGUGUGUCCUGUGGGAUGGGCAUGAGGUCUCGGGAGCGCUACAUCAAACAGUUCCCGGAGGAUGGAUCCAUCUGCUCUCUGAACACUGAGGAGACUGAGAAAUGUGUGGUCAACGAUGACUGCUGUGAGUCUCACUGAAACAUGGUGAUACUAGUUGCUCUGAGUCUUUGUGACAUCAGGAUAAUGUUGUGGGUUCAGGCCUUUUGUGUUAAAGCUAGAAUCUUUAGUUGCUACAACCAUUUUUGGACUUAUAAUUCAUGAUAUACUGUAUACCCAUUGAUUCUUAUAGAAUAUAACUUAUUUCCCUCAUGAGCUUAGUUCAACUGUCAUACCUCAUCAGAACCCAAAAUAUAAGCUUGUUUUACUCCAAUGUUUGUAAACAACGUAAAUGUAAACAAACACUGUAUAGCCUCAAAACACGGUUAAAGCUAUAGUUUUUAUAUCAUGGAUGGUCAGUCCUUGCAUCGAUAGGUCUGUCUAUAAACUUGAGAAUGGUUACAUUUCUCCAGGCCCAUCCCUCAGCUUUUAACCAAAACAGAGGCGGGGUGUUUCUUUGUUAUUGUUUCAACUGCGGAUUCUAGCUUUAAAGACUACAAUAUUAUGUUUAGUCUAUAAUAUGAUGGCGUGAUGAUGUAUAGUCAAAGUAAUCCUAUGUUGAAAAGCUACUACCUGUGCGCAAUGGAUAUACCUGCGCAUAAUGGUCUUAUGGGCCAGUAUUCUAACAGUUUCCAAAGUAAUCUUUUUUACUGUUGCCUAGGUUUUAACUCGGCCCUAUUUGUAUGUACCUGAUCCAUAAUGUGAUGGAUGAUUAGUGCCUUUUUGUAUAGCCAUGUUUAGAAUGGUUUCCACACCCACCAUGUGUCAUGUGCGUAAUGGUAAUGUGAGGUGAAAUGUGUAAAGAUUUUUGAAUGUGAGCACUCCGUUUGACCUGACAAAGAUCGAAACAUUGUAAAUAAAGGAGGUAAUUGGGAGCAUAUUCAGUGUGCGGGCCUUUCUGUUCUUUUGAAGUAUACUUCCUUAGCCCAGCACCUACAUUUCUUUUAAGGAUGUGCGCAUGACCACAAACAUUUCUAGAGAAAAGCUGCUAUAUGCCAGCAAUGUGUUAAUGAAACAUGGUUUCUCAAGUAAUGUUAAUAACAGUAAUCACAAGCUGUCAUAACAAAGAACCAUCCCAGUGUAUGAGCGUUUAUCUGUCCCUGUCCCUUCCAUUAGCCCCCAGUAGCUGUGUGGUGACAGAGUGGGGUGAGUGGGAUCCCUGCAGCACCACCUGUGGGCUGGGCAUGAAGCGGCGUGAACGCAUGGUGAAGAUGCCCCCCUCGGACGGUUCCAUGUGCAAGGUGGAGGUGGCAGAGGUGGAGAAAUGCAUGAUGCCCGAGUGCCGUGAGUAAUGCCCCCCACACCCACUCAACACCUGCCUCAUCCCCCAGGUCCCGGGCUGCAGGCCAGAGACACUCCAUCUAAAAGCACUGUGACAGGCAGCCUUGUUCAGCCAUCUGCCAAGGGGCAUCUCUAGUCUUUACCUAUCUAGAUCCAACAGGUUAGGUACACACUGAAAUUGACAGAAUAUCUCAUAGGAGAGAAUGCAUGAGACUACACUGAGUGUACAAAACAUUAAGGACACCUGCUCUUUCCAUGACAUACACUGACCAGGUGAUUCCAGGUGAAAGCUACAGCAUGAUCCCUUAUUGAUGUCACUUGUUAAAACCACUUCAAUCAGUGUAGAUGAAGGGGAGGAGAUCGGUUAAAAAGGAUGUUUAAGCUUUGAGACAAUUGAGACAUAGAUUGUGUAUGUGUACCAUUCAGGGGGUGAAUGGGCAAGACAAAAGUUUUAAGUGCCUUUAAACGGGGUAUGGUAGUAGGUGCCAGGCGCACCGGUUUGUGUCAAGAACUGCAACGCUGCUGUUUUUUCACGCUCAAAAGUUUCCCGUGUGUUUCAAGAAUGGUCCACCACCCAAAGGACAUCCAGUGAAGCAUUGGAGUCAACAUAGGCCAGCAUUCCUGUGGAACGCUUUAGACACCUUGUAGAGUCCUUGUCCCGACGAAUUGAGGCUGUUCUGAGGGCAAAAGGUAGGGGGGGGGGGGGGGGGACUCAAUAUUAGGAAGAUGUCCUUAAUGUUAUGUACACUCAAUUCACCCAAUAAGAUCAUUUUAAGUCCCACGUAUGAAACACAGCAGUUGAAGAUGGAGGAAAUGAAUGUUGUAUGUUGAAACUACCGAACAGCUGUUGUUCUGAAAAGCAGGGGACAUGACUAUGUAUUAUGUGCAGACUGCAGAAUGAGUGACACUGACAGUCCCAUGCUUGGUCUAUCCCCGCAGACUCUAUCCCAUGUAUGCUGUCUCCGUGGUCCGACUGGAGCGACUGCAGUGUGACAUGCGGGAAGGGAGUGCGUACAAGCCAGCGCAUGCUCAAGUCUCCGGACUUGGGGGAGUGUACCGAGGAUCUGGAACAGGUGGAGCGGUGUAUGCAGCCUGAGUGUCGUAAGUGCCACCAUCAGAUGUUGCCAAACUGUUUACCACUACCAUCAACACCAAUACAAAGUGUGACCACUAGAAACUAGUGCCCAACUUUACAUUCAUAUGCUUUUUUCAGCACUCUCAUAGCCUGGUCCCAGAUCUUUCUGUGUUGUAUAAUUGACUCCUAUGGUUUGUUUCGCAUAACAAUGGCCUGUGUGUUGCCAAAAGGUGUUGAGACUUAGGCUCACAGACAGACAUAGUGGAAAUCAGACACCAGGCAGAUUUCCAUCAUAGAGGAUUUGACAUCUUCUGUCUCCUUGUACUUUGACAUUUAAAGCUCCAUGAUUGAUAUUCUAAUCGGGUUCCUUGCAAAGUAAUAACAAAUGUUCCGCAAAAAUACACAAUCGUAUUAUUCCCUGAAUGAUGCAGUCAAAUGUGAAAAUGGAUUAUGGAAAGAAUGAUUGAAACGAGAAAUAGUUUUCUGUUUUUCAGGCAGACUGAUAUAACAUAUGAAAAUAUGACAAUUUAUUCCUUAUCAAUAAACAUUGCAUUUCUUUGUGUUUCUCUGGUUGAAAUGAAAACCAUACCAGUCCCCCACUGGACAAUAUACAGUGAGGGAAAAAAGUAUUUGAUCCCCUGCUGAUUUUGUACGUUUGCCCACUGACAAAUAAAUGAUCAGUCUAUCAUUUUAAUGGUAGAUUUAUUUGAACAGUGAGGGACAGAAUAACAACAACAAAAUUCCAGAAAAACGCAUGUCAAAAUUGUUAUAAAUUGAAUUGCAUUUUAAUGAGGGAAAUAAGUAUUUGACCCCUCUGCAAAACAUGACUUAGUACUUGGUGGCAAAACCCUUGUUGGCAAUCACAGAGGUCAGAUGUUUCUUGUAGUUGGCCACCAGGUUUAGACACAUCUCAGGAGGGAUUUUGUCCCACUCCUCUUUGCAGAUCUUCUCCAAGUCAUUAAGGUUUCGAGGCUGACGUUUGGCAACUCGAACCUUCAGCUUCCUCCACAGAUUUUCUAUGGGAUUAAGGUCUGGAGACUGGCUAGGCCACUACAGGACCUUACUGUGCUUCUUCUUGAGCCACUCCUUUGUUGCCUUGGCCGUGUGUUUUGGGUCAUUGUCAUGCUGGAAUACCCAUCCACGACCCGUUUUCAAUGCCCUGGCUGAGGGAAGGAGGUUCUCACCCAAGAUUUGACGGUACAUGGCCCCGUUCAUCGUCCCUUUUAUGCGGUGAAGUUGUCCUGUCCCAAAGCAUAAUGUUUCCACCUCCAUGUUUGACGGUGGGGAUGGUGUUCUUGGGGUCAUAGGCAGCAUUCCUCCUCCUCCAAACACGGCGAGUUGAGUUGAUGCCAAAGAGCUCGAUUUUGGUCUCAUCUGACCACAACACUUUCACCCAGUUCUCCUCUGAAUCAUUCAGAUGUUCAUUGGCAAACUUCAGAUGGUCCUGUAUAUGUGCUUUCUUGAGCAGGGGGACCUUGCGGGCGCUGCAGGAUUUCAGUCCUUCACGGCGUAGUGUGUUACCAAUUGUUUUCUUGGUGACUAUGGUCCCAGCUGCCUUGAGAUCAUUGACAAGAUCCUCCCGUGUAGCUCUGGGCUGAUUCCUCACCGUUCUCAUGAUCAUUGCAACUCCACAAGGUGAGAUCUUGCAUGGAGCCCCAGGCCGAGGGAGAUUGACAGUUAUUUUGUGUUUCUUCCAUUUGCAAAUAAUCGCACCAAUUGUUGUCACCUUCUCACCAAGCUGCUUGCCGAUGGUCUUGUAGCCCAUUCCAGCCUUGUGUAGGUCUACAAUCUUGUCCCUGACAUCCUUGGAGAGCUCUUUGGUCUUGGCCAGGGUGGAGAGUUUGGAAUCUGAUUGAUUGAUUGCUUCUGUGGACAGGUGUCUUUUAUACAGGUAACAAACUGAGAUUAGGAGCACUCCCUUUAAGAGUGUGCUCCUAAUCUCAGCUCGUUACCUGUAUAAAAGACACCUGGGAGCCAGAAAUCUUUCUGAUUGAGAGGGGGUCCAAUACUUAUUUCCCUCAUUCAAAUGCAAAUCAAUUUAUAACAUUUUUGACAUGCGUUUUUCUGGAUUUUUUUGUUGUUAUUCUGUCUCUCACUGUUCAAAUAAACCUACCAUUAAAAUUAUAGACUGAUCAUUUCUUUGUCAGUGGGCAAACGUACAAAAUCAGCAUUGGAUCAAAUACUUUUUUCCCUCACUGUAAGCCCUCAGUGUCUUUUAGAAAGUGUUGACUUGCAAAAAUAUAACACAGCUAAGUUUAUGUCACUGAAAUUGAGGUGUUUUCAUCAUUGUCAGGUAAGUAAGUAGUUGUCCAAUGAGCACGGUAGAUGAACAUGAAUAAAACAUUAGCAAGUAACUCUUCACUCAACCUUUCAAUAUCCCACCCCCCCCCCCCCAACCCUUUCCCAUCUCUCCCCAGCUACGGACUGCAUGGUAUCAGAGUGGACGGAGUGGUCAGAGUGUAAUAAGUCAUGCGGUAAAGGCCACACCAUCAGGACGCGCAUGGUGAAGCUGGAGCCCCAGUUUGGAGGGGAGCCCUGCCCCGAGACGGUCCAGAGGAAGAAGUGUAAGAUCAGGAAUUGCAAAAGGGGCUCCAGGGCCAGUGAGGAGAGGAAGAGACGGCGCGGGGGAGAGGUGGGCGGCGGGAAAGAGAAGAGAAGGGGCAAACAGCAAGGACGGGACGCAGCAGUGGAGGAACAGCCAGGUCAGUCAUCAUCAUCACCUUUAUGCUAUAUAUACUGUAUAUAAACUCAGCAAAAAAAGAAACGUCCCUUUUUCAGGACCCUGUCUUUCAAAGAUAAUUAGUAAAAAUCCAAAUAACUUCACAGAUCUUCAUUGUAAAGGGUUUAAACACUGUUUCCCAUGCUUGUUCAAUUAACCAUAAACAAUUAAUGAACAUGCACCUGUGGAACGGUCGUUAAGACACUAACAGCUUACAGACAGUAGGCAAUUAAGGUCACAGUUAAGAAAACUUAGGACACUAAAGCAGUCUUUCUACUGACUCUGAAAAACACCAAAAGAAAGAUGCCCAGGGUCCCUGCUCAUCUGUGUGAACGUGCCUUAGGCAGGCUGCAAGAAGGCAUGAGGACUGCAGAUGUGGCCAGGGCAAUAAAUUGCAAUGUCCGUACUGUGAGAUGCCUAAGACAGCGCUACUGGGAGACAGGAUGGACACCUGAUCGUCCUCGCAGGGCAGACCACGUGUAACAACACCUGCACAGGAUCGGUACAUCCGAACAUCACACCUGCAGGACAGGUACAGGAUGGCAACAACAACUGCCCGAGUUACACCAGGAACGCACAAUCCCUCCAUCAGUGCUCAGACUGUCCGCAAUAGGCUGAGAGAGGCUGGACUGAGGGCUUGUAGGCCUGUUGUAAGGCAGGUCCUCACCAGACAUCACCGGCAACAACAUUGCCUAUGGGCACAAACCCACCGUCGCUGGACCAGACAGGACUGGCAAAAAGUGCUCUUCACUGAUGAGUCGCAGUUUUGUCUUACCAGGGGUGAUGGUCGGAUUUGCGUUUAUUGUCAAAGGAAUGAGCGUUACACCGAGGCCUGUACUCUGGAGCGUGAUCAAUUUGGAGGUGGAGGGUCCAUCAUGGUCUGGGGCGGUGUGUCACAGCAUCAUCGGACUGAGCUUGUUGUCAUUGCAGGCAUUGCUGCGCGUUACAGGGAAGACAUCCUCCUCCUUCAUGUGGUACCCUUCCUGCAGGCUCAUCCUGACAUGACCCUCCAGCAUGACAAUGCCACCAGCCAUACUGCUCGUUCUGUGCGUGAUUUCCUGCAAGACAGGAAUGUCAGUGUUCUGCCAUGUCCAUGUAACCGGUGUGAAAUGGCUAGCUAGUUAGCGGUGUGCACUAGUAGCGUUUCAAUCGGUGACGUCACCCGCUCUGAGACCUUGAAGUAGUUGUUUCCCUUGUUCUGCAAGAGCCGCGGCUUUUGUGGAGCGACGGGUAACGGUGCUUCGAGGGUGACUGUUGUCGAUGUGUGCAGAGGGUCCCUGGUUCGAGCCCAGGUAGGGGCGAGGAGAGGGACGGAAGCAACACUGUUACAUUGAUGCUGUUGACCCGGAUCACUGGUUGCUGCGGAAAAGGAGGAGGUCAAAAGGGGGGUGAGUGUAACCGGUGUGAAAUGGCUAGCUAGUUAGUGGUGCGCGCUAGUAGCAUUUCAAUCGGUGACAUCACUCGCUCUGAGACCUUGAAGUAGUUGUUUCCCUUGCUCUGCAAGGGCCGCGGCUUUUGUGGAGCGACGGGUAACGGUGCUUUGAGGGUGACUGUUGUCGAUGUGUGCAGAGGGUCCCUGGUUCAAGCCCAGGUAGGGGGGAGGAGAGGGACUGAAGCAACACUGUUACAUACAGCAAAGAGCCCGGAUCUCAAUCCCAUUGAGCACGUCUGGGACCUGUUGGAUCGGAGGGUGAGGGCUAGGGCCAUUCCCCCCAGAAAUGUCCGGGAACUUGCAGGUGCCUUGGUGGAAGAGUGGGGUAACAUCUCACAGCAAGAACUGGCAAAUCUGGUGUGGUCUAUGAGGAGGAGAUGCACUGCAGUACAUAAUGGUGGCCACACCAGAUACUGACUUACUUUUGAUUUUGACCCCCCCUUUGUUCAGGGACACAUUAUUCCAUUUCUGUUAGUCACAUGUCUGUGGAACUUGUUCAGUUUUUGUCUCAGUUGUUGAAUCUUGUUAUGUUCAUACAAAUAUUUACACAUGUUAAGUUUGCUGAAAAUAAAUGCAGUUGACAGUGAGAGGACGUUGCUGAGUUUAUAUACCUUUGUUAUCAUCAUCAUCUUCAUCAAGACCAUCAUCAUCUUCAACACCACUAUUAGUGUCAUUGUCAUGACCACUUUCAGCCAUGUUCCACAUUUCGAUUAAUGUCAUUGUCAAGCCAUGCUUGAUUCAUGAUUUAUACACCACCUUGAUGUAUCCUUUAUAUCCCAAAUAUAAAGGGCAAAACAUUUAUAGGGCAAGUCACUCACAUCAUUAAUUCCCCAUGAGUCCCGCUGAGGUAUCGGUUGUACCUCCAUUGUACCUCCGCUGAGGUAUCGGUUGUACCUCCCCAUGAGCCCCCCCCCCCACCCCCCCCCCCCCCCCCACCCCCCCCACCCCCCCAAAGGCCUGAGAGGAUCAACCCUGCCCCAUCCUCCCUCCCUCUCUGCCUGGCCAGCCGGGCGCAGAGCGAUGGCUGUGUUAGAACGGCUACACUCAAUGCUGAUCAGCCCUGUCAGGGUGAUACAGAGACUGGUCCAGCUCACAGAUGGCUGUCCUGAUGCUCCAAGCAGGUAGAGGCCGAGUAGUCAGGGUGGGCUUUGGACUGCUGCCUCCCCACAGAAACAGGGACAGGCCUCUUUAACCUGGGGCUAAUGAGCUGUAGACAGUGACAAAUACCCCCACUGUGGUAUAUCCUCUAGGGAUGCUCGUUCUGCAGUGCCAGGGCUUCAAUAAAAUAUGAACAAAAGCUCCAAAAACACCCACAUUUUUUAGAAACGGCAACACUCUCAGUAUAGUGAUGCAGGUCUUUAGACUUUAUCCGCAACAUUAUAUUCCAUUUUGUGCGACUCGAGCGGUUUCCUCGAUCCAUCUGUGAUAUUUAUCUGUCUGGCCUGCACAUGUGCACACGGAAAAGUAUGGCUUGCGUUGCACAAGAUGGAAUACAGUAUAACGUUGCGGAUGAAGUGCGUAAUUACACAAUUGAAUGUGUACAACAUCUAAAGACCUGCAUCAUUAUACUGAGAAUGCUGCCGUUUCUAAAAGGACAUAUUUGGGUGUUUUUGGAGCUUUUGUUCACAUUUUAUCGAAGCUCUGGCUCUGCAGAGCGAGGAUAAGGAAGUGUAUUGCUGGUUGGGGUAAGUUUCUCAAAACCAAGUGAAAUGGACUCUGGACUCUUCUAUAACAUGCCAUUUACAUCCAAAAAACAUAUUUGGUUCAAAUAUAGUGAACUUCUCCUUUAUUGCUGCAAUAUGUAACUUUUUGGGCGACCUGACCAAAUUCAUAUAGAAAUGUGGGUUUAUAGAUAAUUCAUUCUCAUUGAAAGCAAAUCUAAGAAGCAGUAGAUAUGUUCUAUGUGCGCUAUUUCUAUGCUUCCUGUUCUAUAUUUUAUUUUUUCUACACCAGCUUCAAACAGCUGAAAAUACAAUAUUUUUGGUUAUGGAAAAUAUAUUUCACAGCGGUUUAGAUGGUACAAUGAUUCUGUACACCGGGGGUAGGCAACCCUGGUCCUGGAGUGCCGCAGGCACUUCAUGUUUUUGAUUUAACCCCCUAGACUCUAUGUCCGCGCCCCCGUAGAAAUCUAAUUUAUAUCAUAAAAAAAUUCACAUAAUCUGCCAACUUCUGUCUGUAGCAUCCGAACAAUUUGGGCUACACACUAAUUUGACCCCUCAUAAGACUCGUCUGAAGGUCCCCCGGUACCAGUUGGAAAUAUGAAUGGAAGUAUAUACGGAGACUGUUUAGUGCGAAAAAUAAGGGGUUAAAUUCAAAUGUUUGCUGAUCUCUCAGAUAUAGGACAGACACCUCAGAUCAAACUUGGGGGGGACUAUCUGUUGUUCCAUGUUAUUCAGUGCGUUUGUAUGGGCUAAUAGCAGUAUGGCUAAAUAAACAAUUUCAUUAAAUCGUUUUUUAUCAUUUUUUUUUUCGGGGGGGGCAGGACCGACUUUGGGAAACCGUGCUGUACACUAUAUUUGCUAAUUUUUUCACAUAAACCGAAAUUAGGCGAACUAUUAGAAUUUUAGCAACCAGGAAAUGGCGGAGUGAUUUCUGCAUAGUGCAUCUUUAACUGAUAUGUCAUAUUCAAUUAGAAUAUUACUAAAAGGGAUGGAUUUGGCAAACUAAAUAAAUUAAUCUGAAACCCUCCUCUCUUGUGUCAUUGACUUGUUCCCACAGGUUGCAAGAUGAGGCCCUGGUCCAGUUGGACAGACUGUACCAAGCACUGCGGCGGGGGGAUCCAGGAGCGCUUCAUGACGGUGAAGAAGAGAGCCAAGAACACCCCGGCACAGGUCACCAGCUGCAAGGACAGGAAGGAGAUCCGCGCA